GAGAAUAAUGUAAUCGUGAAUUCCAACGACAGGGACUGCUAACCUUUCCAGGUUCGACAGAAAGCAGCUCGUUGUUUUGUUGUGGCGGAGUAGAAUACCGUACCAAGAAGUUCUGCUGGGUCUUCUCUCCAAGAAUUCGUACUGCCCUGCGAGUCUAUGUGAUAAGGUUUGCUAUGCUCGUGUUGCAGUCUUGCUGUUGAAAAGUUUACUGGGUGUGACUCUGCAUUCGAGGGUCGUAGCUCUGCUCUCCACCCUCUGUGGGCAAGCAACGCUGUGGACAUGGCGAGGACGACGCCUGCACACGCGGCGCGUUGGCCCCUGGUCAUCCUGAUCUUCACUCACGCUGUGUCCGGGCAAUUCCUGAACGUCGUUAGCAAUGUGUCGCAGAACAUCCAAGUGGCCACCGAACAAACCUGGGAAGGAGCUACCCUGUCGUUUUGCAUCGACACGACAGGCAGUAUGUACGAUGACUUGCUUCAGGUCAGGAAUGGCGUCAGGAACAUCUUCAGAGCCAUCUCGGAGCAGCAGGAGAUCCCCAUCGUCAACUACGCGUUGGUGACCUUCCACGACCCAGAGGUUAACCUCGCUACGCUCACUGCCGAUCAGGCGACGUUUGAGAAUGCGGUGGAGGCAUCGCUGGAAGUGCACGGCGGAGGGGAUUGUCCCGAGAUGGCAGUCGGCGGUAUCAACCUGGCGCUGCGACGCUCCCUCCCGCGAUCCUUCAUAUUUGUGUUCACUGAUGCCUCGGCCAAGGACUACCAACUGAAAACCCAAGCACUGAGCUUGAUUCAGGAAACCCAGAGUCAGGUCAUAUUCGUAUUGACGGGUGACUGUAAUGAUCAAAGCGGAGAAGGAUUCCGAGCCUUCAAAGACAUCGCUGCUGCAUCAGCUGGCCAGAUUUUCUUUCUCCGGCAAAAGAAUGAGGUCGCCGAGGUAUUGAAGUUUAUCGAGAUCUCUGUCAACGCUAGGCAGGUGAACAUACUGUCUGUGGAGACACGACCGGGUGCUGCACGUUAUCAAAUUCCCGUGGACGGCAGCUUGCAGCAGCUGAUUGUGUCGGUCAGUACAAACACAACAACUGGAGUCAACGUUCGUCUGCCAGAUGUUCGCGUCACGAGUCCCAAUGGCCAGGAGUUCUUCCCGACCGUCGAUCUCGGCUCUGUGGUCGUGAUAAAUAUUACCAAGCCUGCUGUGGGCUGGUGGAAUCUGUUUGUGGACUCACCACUGCCGUACAGCGUGCGCGUCAAGGGCGUGAGCCUUCUCGACUUCAAGAUACACUUCACGGUCGCGAGUGGAACACAGCGUGUCUUCAUCACCAGACCUGUUGAAGGCCAGUCAUCGUUCAUUGUGCUUCAGCCCAGUGAUGCUGCAGGCCAUCUUCUAGUCACCGGCAUGCAACUCAUAAACCUUGCUGGUACCGUCAUCCAUGACAUUCCUCUCAACUGGACAACGUCAAAUCCCUACCCGAGGCUGGCUCAUCCAGGAUUCGAGGCACCUCAGCAGCUCUUCUACGUGCGUGUGCAGGGUAUCGAUUCUCAAAACAUGACGUUCUAUCGCCUCACGCCAACACCUGUCCAGCCAGGGUUACCAUCGCCUCCAACCGUGAUUGAUUGGCUUACGGAUAUCAGUGGUGAACUAGGUGGUUCCGUGCAGCUCAGAUGCGAUUAUCGUAGCUUGGUGCAGGCAUCCGUUGUGUGGUACCGUGAUGGCGUUCCAAUCGACACAAUCAGUCGGACAGAUCCAAGUUUCCUGGUGUUGGCAGAUGGCAAGCUUCUCAUCACCAGACUUUCUUUGAAUGAUGCGAAUUGCUAUCGCUGUCAAGUAGUUAGCAUAGCUGGAAACGAUACAGGCCGGCCAGUGUGUCUGGAGGUGCUGCGUAAGUUCAUCAUCAAUUAG